UUAGCGCGUCAGUCAGCGGGCGGUCAGCUGACACCAAGCCGAGGAGGAGGGGGAGAGACGGAGGAGCGGAAUUAGCGGGUGUGUGAACCAGAAGGCUAUUCAAACCUAGAAUAAACAUCGGCGGUGAGAAGGGGACAAGCGCCGGUGGCGGGUUAGAGCGAUUCAGGGUGGUGUUUGAGUUCACCAUGGGCAUUUGGGAGUAAAGAGCAGCCACAAUGAUUGGAGGACUGUUCAUCUACAACCAUAAGGGGGAGGUCCUUAUCUCCCGAGUGUACCGCGAUGACAUAGGGCGCAACGCGGUGGACGCGUUCCGCGUGAACGUGAUCCACGCCCGGCAGCAGGUGCGCUCGCCGGUCACCAACAUCGCCCGCACCAGCUUCUUCCACGUCAAGCGCUCCAACAUCUGGCUGGCGGCCGUCACCAAGCAGAACGUCAACGCCGCCAUGGUGUUCGAGUUCCUGUACAAGAUGUGCGACGUCAUGUCCGCCUACUUCGGCAAGAUCAGCGAGGAGAACAUCAAGAACAACUUUGUGCUCAUCUACGAGCUGCUGGACGAGAUCCUGGACUUUGGCUAUCCACAGAACUCUGAGACCGGCGCACUGAAAACAUUCAUCACCCAGCAGGGCAUCAAGGGACAGCAUCAGACAAAGGAGGAGCAGUCUCAGAUCACCAGCCAGGUGACGGGCCAGAUCGGCUGGCGGCGCGAGGGCAUCAAGUAUCGCCGCAACGAGCUCUUCCUCGACGUCCUGGAGAGCGUCAACCUGCUGAUGUCCCCGCAGGGCCAGGUGCUCAGCGCCCACGUGUCAGGGCGGGUGGUGAUGAAGAGCUACCUGAGCGGCAUGCCCGAGUGCAAGUUUGGCAUGAACGACAAGAUUGUCAUCGACAAGGCGGGCAAGGGAGGCACGACCGACGAGGCCGUGAAGAGUGAUUUAGGGGGAGGAAGCAGCAGUGGGAAGCAGUCCAUAGCCAUCGACGACUGCACCUUCCACCAGUGCGUGCGGCUCAGCAAGUUUGACUCUGAGCGCAGCAUUAGCUUCAUCCCCCCCGACGGCGAGUACGAGCUCAUGAGGUACCGCACCACUAAGGACAUCAUCCUGCCGUUCCGCGUCAUCCCCCUGGUGCGGGAGGUGGGCCGCACCAAGCUGGAGGUCAAGGUGGUCAUCAAGUCCAACUUCAAGCCCUCGCUACUGGCCCAGAAGAUCGAGGUACGCAUCCCCACCCCCCUGAACACCAGCGGUGUGCAGGUGAUCUGUAUGAAGGGAAAGGCCAAGUACAAGGCCAGCGAGAACGCCAUCGUGUGGAAGAUCAAGCGCAUGGCGGGGAUGAAGGAGUCCCAGAUCAGCGCUGAGAUUGAGCUGCUGCCCACCAAUGACAAGAAGAAAUGGGCCCGGCCCCCCAUCUCCAUGAACUUCGAGGUCCCCUUCGCUCCGUCGGGGCUGAAGGUGCGCUACCUGAAGGUGUUCGAGUCCAAGCUGAACUACAGUGACCACGACGUCAUCAAAUGGGUCCGCUACAUCGGCCGCUCAGGGAUCUACGAGACGCGCUGCUAAUGUUUAGCCCCUCCCAGGCUCCCCCCAAGAAGAGCAGCAGGUCUUCCUCUCCCUUCGCCCCGUCCUUCAUCCUCUUCUCCUCGCUCUCUGGAAUCAUACCCUCUCUGCCUCAAUACUUCUUCUCCCCAACCCUUAAUAAGAAUGAAAUUGGUGUUAGAAUUUGGAGAAAAAUAAAUAAACAUGGCAUAAGGCACAGAUAUAUGCAAAAUGUGAAGUUGUUAUCGUAUAACUUGUUAGUGGGGAGUAAACAGGUUAACAUAAUGGACCUGGUGGUCUGGAGGAAGGGGACGGGUGAGAGAAGGGGCUUCUGGUCUCUAUUCCUUAAUGUUACUGUGCUACUAUCUGCGCUAUAGUUAGUUUAAAAGGGAAAUGUCCUGUUUUUAGAUCCUCAAGUAUCCAGUACACGUUAAUACCUUUGAUUGUUUUAUAUGUAGACACUGCAGUCGUAAGACCAAGGGGCUUAGCUUUGUGAUACCUGACGUGCUGGGAGGGACCGAGGAUGCUUUUGAUAUACUAAGUCCUCGACUUCCCGGUGUGUUGCCCUUAUCUGCCAUUCAAUGCAAAAAAUAAAUAGGGAAAUUGUACUGGGAGUAAUUUUCAAACUAAUCGCUGCUUUGCUGGUGUACUAACAUGGUCUCAGCAGCUAGGAAUGACCAAAUGAGUGUACUUUGUAUAAAGUGCACCCCAUCUUGCUACCUUUCCUUUUACUUAAGACUUCCCUUCAGUUGAGACAGUUUUACACCACUAAUGAGCUCUUGCUCCAACCUCCAACUACAGCUUAUUUCUGCUGUUUCAUCUCAGCUUUGCGCUUUUUUUUCUCUGGAUUGAACUAACAUGACUUAAUUGUAAAUGAUUAAAUAUGUGGGGGCCAGACGAGUGGGUCCUGUGAGCAGAUGUGAUUUUGUCUCCUACUAGUGGUCACCUUUGUCUGUCGGCUUUUUCAUGUUUGUAGCUCUGGUGACCGCUGUGUCCAAUAAAGAUUGACCAUGUGUCCAAACAUCA